GGUUGUGUUCGCCGACUCGAUGCAGAUGAUUUUGAAUGUGUGUGUGUGUCUGUGUGUUUGGUGUAUAAUUAAAUGCCAACGUGUUUCGGUGGUAAUGUUUCAUAAAUUAUUACGAAAUUAUCAUCGAUUAAUAUUAGUCAAUCAUCAAUUUGUUAGUUUCAAAAUCUAUUCACAACAACAGUCAUUGUUCAUUAGUCGAAAUUCAUCUAAUUUUUCAUCAAUCAUCAAUAUGGCUGAUAAUUCAACAUCAUUGGAAGAACAAAUUAAACAACAGGGUGAUAUAGUUCGUUCAUUAAAAAGUCAAAAGGCUGAUAAAGAAAAGAUUGAUAUUGAAGUUUCGAAACUUUUGGCUUUGAAAGCCCGGCUAAGUCCAUCAUCAGAUGAUAAUAAAUGCAAUAGCCCAACGAAAAAGGAUGGCAAAAAAGACAACAAGAAAUUCACGCUGAAAACGCCAAAAGGAAUGCGUGAUUUUGAGUCGAAACCAAUGUUGGUUCGUGAAAAAGUUUUCAAAACAAUAACCGAUAUAUUUAAAAGACACGGUGGAUUAGCAAUCGAUACGCCUGUAUGUGAACGUAAAGAUGUAUUAACCGGUAAAUAUGGCGAAGAUUCGAAAUUAAUCUAUGAUCUUGAAGAUCAAGGUGGUGAAUUGCUUUCAUUACGUUAUGAUUUAACCGUUCCGUUUGCAAGAUAUUUAGCACAAAACAAAAUCAACACAAUGAAACGAUAUCAUAUUGCUAAAGUUUAUCGUCGUGAUAAUCCAUCAGUAACGAAAGGCCGGUUUCGUGAAUUUUAUCAAUGUGAUUUUGAUAUUGCUGGUAAAUAUGAUCCAAUGAUUCCAGAUGUUGAGUGCCUGCGUAUUAUUUAUGAAAUUCUCAAUGAAUUGGAUCUAAAGUCGUUUUUGAUAAAAAUCAAUCAUCGGUGUAUUUUAGAUGGUUUAUUCGAGAUAUGUGGUGUACCUGAAGAUAAAUUUCGCACAAUUUGUUCGUCAGUAGAUAAAUUGGACAAAAAUACCUGGGAAGAAGUGAAACAAGAAAUGAUCAAUGAAAAAGGAUUGCCAGAAGAUGUGGCCGAUCGUAUUGGUGAAUUGGUUAAAAUGAAUGGCACAAUUGAAUUAGUCGAUCAAUUGCUUUCGCAAGAAUUGGGUCAAAAUAAACGUGCCGCAAAAGGAUUGAAUGAAAUCCGUUCAUUAUUCCAUUAUUGUAAACUAUUCCAAAUUGAAUCUUCGGUUUCGUUUGAUCUAAGUUUAGCACGCGGAUUGGAUUAUUAUACUGGAUUAAUCUAUGAAGUAAUUAUAACGGAUGAAAAUGUUGAAUGUGGUAGUAUUGCUGCCGGCGGACGUUAUGAUUAUCUGGUUGGUAUGUUGGCUGAAGCCAACAAUUGGGAAGUGCCUUGUGUUGGCCUAAGUAUCGGUAUCGAACGAAUAUUGACAAUAAUUGAAGAACGUAUGUCUAAUGAAAUGGGUGUUGGAUCACCAACCCAAGUAUUGGUAGCAUCAAUUGGUAACGAAUUACUUGAUGAACGUAUGAAAUUAUUGUUGGAACUCUGGAAUGCCAGAUUCAAUGCUGAACAUAUUUAUAAGAAAUCGAUAAAAAUUCUAAAUAAUUAUCAAUACUGUGAAACUAAUCGUAUACCAUAUGCUGUAAUACUGGCCGAAGAUGAAUUGAAACGUGGAAUGGUUAAAAUUCGUGAUAUUCAAACACGUAAAGAGAUCGAAGUUGCCAGAGCUGAUAUUGUCGUCGAAUUGAAAAAAUUGCUCAAUAUUUCCUAGUUUUUUUUUGGCUGGGGGGUAUUGUAUUUCUAUCUAAAUGGAUUCUGUAUGGGGAAAAAACAUUUUUUCAUAAAUUGAUUGAAUAAAAAGAAAAAAAAUUAUUGAUA